AUCGAUUUUUAGAAGAACAUCUUUCAACGAGUUCAAAAACUACGAUUUUAUGUAGAAUAAGUCGAUAUGUCUUUAAACAAAAACUUAAAUUGGCAAUAAUUGAUGAAUAGUUCCUUUUUGUAGAAUGAUAUAGCAUAGUUCAGACAUAAUACCAAUAGCGAGGUUAAUGCACUAAGCACAAAAGACAUUUCGCGUGGCAGUCCAUGUAGUUUGUUCUACAGCUUCCAGAUGGAAAAAGUUUUAUCACGGAGAUCAUAAUUUUCUUUUUGAUAUUCUUUACGUUUAAUUUUUGCUCAUUUGCUUCAUGUAUUACGCUUUAGUACUUAUUAAAACCUAGACAAUUCUCUUUGUGAAAAAGAUUGGAAAAACUGGAAAAUUCGAAGAAAAUGGCUAGUCCGCGAACCCGUCGAGUCUUAGGUAAUUUAAAACCUCACGAUGAAAAUAAUAAAUGUUUUGAGUGCGGCGCUCAUAACCCACAAUGGGUAUCGGUUACAUACGGAAUCUGGAUAUGCUUGGAAUGCUCAGGAAAACACAGAGGACUCGGUGUACAUUUGUCAUUUGUUCGCUCUAUUUCUAUGGAUAAAUGGAAAGACAUUGAGCUUGAAAAAAUGAAAGUUGGAGGAAAUAGAGAAGCUCGUUUAUUCUUUGAAACACAACCCGAUUGGGACGAUUGCAUGGCAAUUAACCAAAAAUAUAACACUAAAGCAGCAGCUUUAUAUAGAGAUAAGAUAAAUACAUUAGCUCAUGGUGAAUCUUGGAGCCCUAAGGAUUCAAGUGCUAAAGAUUUCGCUUCUUAUGUCGAUAACAAAAAAGAGUAUAGUAGUUCAUAUCAGAAUGAUUCUACUUCGCUGUAUCAAAAUAUUAAUUCUUCAGAUUUUAAAGCUCAAACAGAAACUUUCUUUACUAGAAAGCAAAAUGAAAAUGCAACUCGUCCAGAUAAUAUUCCACCGAGCCAAGGCGGAAAGUACGGAGGAUUUGGAUAUCAAAUGACUCCAGUACCAAAAAGCUCGUCUCAAGAAUUUGUUGAUACUGCGUUAUCAUCUCUUGCAAGUGGUUGGUCGUUACUUUCUUCAUCAGCUACUAAAAUAGCCAGUAAAGCAACGGAAAAUGCCAUUAAAAUUGGAGAAAUGGCCACACAAAAGGUAUCAGAGAUAUCAAUUUCCGUUAGUGAAAAGGUACGAGAAGGUACACUUUUGGAAGAAGUAGGAGGUCAAGUCAAUAGUUUAGCGGCUAAGGUUGGUGACCUUGGAAGGCGAAGUUGGGGCGAUAUUAGCGGAACCAAUUCUACAGAACAAAGUUACUAUAAUUCACAUGGUAACUAUCAAGAUUCAACUACUUCUUAUCAAAGUAAUAAUGAUCAUCGCAAAUGUUCUGAUGAAAAGUCAUCAUUAGUAAUGAACUCAAAUCAAAAUAAAUCUGGUGCAACAACUCCGAAUUUAUCUUCUGUUGAUUGGGACUGGAAUGCAAGUUCUGGAUUGAAAGAACCAGAUACUGAUAAAUCAACUGUAAAAAAAUUAAAAGAUAAAAAGGGAAAAGAGGAAUCUUUAAUUAAUUGUGAAUCAAGUAAAACAAGCUCUAAUUGGAAUUCUAAGCUUGAAGAUGAUGCAUGGGAAAUAUUGAAAGAUUAAUAUUAAAUAAUAAUUAGCAUUUAAAGUUUAAUAAAUUUCUUAUAAGAAUUUAAUAGCUAUAAAGAAAGUAAUUUCAUUGCUUAUUUAUUUAUAUUCUUAAUUCUGAGCAGGUUACAUUAUUAGAGGUGAUUAAAAAUUCUUCUUUUUAAUUAAAAUAUAUGAAUACAUCUC